AUGGCUGACGACGCUGCACGAAGGGCUUAUAUCUCAGAGCAUGUCAGCUCGGACCUGCAAUACAUUUGGCAAGAGGCUGAUGUGUCCCUCACCACUCAACACACUUUGGCCCAGCACUACAAGACCAUGAAGGUCUUCAGCUCUAUGUGUGAUACAAAGGCUGAAGUGCGCGAUGCAUUGCGCACUGACUUCCGUAUAGAUCCAGCAGCAAGUCCUGAGACCAGGGCUGACGUGGCCAAGGUGUUGACUGCGUGGGAGCUCUCACGCACAAUGACUUCAAAAGAACAGGAACUUCAAGCUGAAACGAAGGUUGAGGAGUGCGAAGCAAAUGAGCCUCAAGCGCUGGGGCUUGAUGAGAUCUCAUCCAGGGCUGACACAAGCUCUUCGGCCUUACAGACGUCUCUGGAUUCGUCAGGCCAUGUCAGGGUCACAAAGGUUAAGACAAAGGGCCGUCUUCCUGAGGACACAGAGUCCCUCCGUAAAGCUUUGAAGUUGGAAGCAGUCAGCUGGCUUUGCAUGUCAGCAAAGUUUCGAAACAAAACAUGGCUUCACGGUCUGGAGUUACAGCACUGGUCGAAAUACACAGAGUACUUGCUGGGUGAAAAGGUUUUGGGAUUGAAGUUCAACGUGGAAGGCCAAUCACAUGCAGUGAAGCCGCCUUGGGCUGUCAUUCUCAGCUAUGAGCAGAAGAUGCGGAAAGAGGUGUUCAAGCUUGUCCAGGCAGGCACACACACAGUUGCGGAAGGCCUGACUGCCGUCAUCAAAGACGCGGAGAUCAAGGAGGCGCAUUUCACAGCACCGAUUGCCCUUGGUGUUGGAUGGAACAAUCAGCGACCAUCAGUUCAGCCCAACAAAUGGCAGCGCACAGGCUUCAAAGGGAAAUCCAGUUUCAAAGGAGCACCAUCGAAAGGUGGCAAAGGCAAAGGUAAGUCUGGCAAGGGCUCCAGGGACUUCAAUGGCAAUAGUCUGGCGCAGAAUUUUACCCUGCAUGUCCGCGAAGUGGACAUUGAACGCUCUGAGUCUGAUGACCUCAGUCGUGAUCAGCUUUGGGAGGAGAUUUUUACAGAGAUCAGACCCGCCGCCUCAUAUCCACCUGGCUUGUGCAAAUACUUGGCCAACCUCGUGGUCUCCGUCCUUCGGAAAGGGGGCACCCACGAGGUAACAAAAGUGGUUGAGAAUACAGCUUCAACUGCAGCUUCGAAGGUGGUUGACCCACCAACCCAUGAGGUAACAAAAGUGGCUGAGAAUGCAGCUUCAGCUGCAGCUUCGAAGGUGGUUGACCCACCAACCAGUCUUGUGCGGCCCAUGGAGGUAGACAAGUGCGGAGGCGACCCAAAGCAUGCUGAUGGUGUUUUCAAUCGGUUGGUGCAUGAGAAGCCGGCGGCACAGACCAAUGGGCAUACAAAGUUGACGGAGGUUCAACACACCUUUUCAGACUCCAACUGGGGUAGGCCUAUGAUGGUUGAAUGGUCUGGCGAAGAAAGGGAGAUCACUGACGGUUUUGGCUUGUGCUCACCUAACAGGUGGGCUCCUGAUUGCAGAGGAGUUGGGCAAAGCGCUCAAGCGCGUGACAUCAAUGACCGUGUCCAUGACUUGCUGAAGGGUUUUGUUCAUGAACAAUUGGGAGACCUCCGCAUGAUGGCGUUCAAGCUUGCUACAGGGAAGCUGGCCGAGUCACCGUUUUGCAAGGAGGCACUUGACAGGCUCAGGAAACGCUGGGCCGCCCUUUUACCUGCUCCCAGUGGUGCGCUGCAGAAGGCAGAAGGCCAGCCCUUCCUGUUAGACCUCAUGGCUCAGACUUUGAAGAUCCAAGGCGACCCUGACUUUGAAAUAUUGGUGGCCUCAAAGGACGCCUUCGCGACGGGCGUCCCUGUAGGGUAUGAAGAGCCCAUACCCCCUGCUCCUGCAGUUUUCCGCACCAGGACGAAACAGAGCAACCUGGAUGCUUCUGAGUACAUGGAAGAGGCACGUAACUAUAAGUCUGCAGUCGAAAAUCAAGAAGGCCUUGAGAACAAAUUUAGGGAGGACGAGGCUCAGGGCAUGAUGUAUCCCACCACCAUGGGGGUCUUGAGGGAACGCUAUCCUGGUAAACCUAUUCUUGUAGCUGCCAUGGGAGCCAUCAAGAAGCCGGACGGGAGUGUUAGGCCCAUACAUGAUGGAACACACUUCGUCCAGGUUAACAAUGGGAUACAGUUUAUAGACAAGCUGGACUACCCUGGGCCGCCGGAUGUUGCUGGGGCUGUUCGAGCUGCAAGGGACACACAGGACUCCUUCUUCACUGUUUCGGCCGACAUAAAGGCGGCCCACAGGUUGGUCAAGAUCCGCGAGAGCGACUGGAGACUUUUGGUUUGCAAGGCCAAUUCAGAUUCAGAAGUUUGCUGGGUCAACAAAGUGGGUACUUUUGGGGUGUCCAGUGCGCCCUAUUGGUGGAGCAGAUUGUUUGGCCUGGCUGGGCGGCUUGUCGCAAGGGUCCUUUUGAAUAGAUGGGUCGUACAGCUCGUGUACGUUGACGACCUCCAUGUUGUUUGCGUUGGUGAGGAGAAGUUUGAGACCCUGUGGAUGGCAAUAGCGGCAUAUGAGGCCUUAGGCACCCCUUUUGGUUACAAGAAAUUUUCAGGUGGCUUGGAUGUCCAGUUCGUUGGGUAUCGUGUUGACUAUAUGAACAUUUCAGUGGGCAUCAGCGAGGAACGUGGGCAGUGGUUGCUCACCUUCUUGCGGGAGCUGAGAAGAGAUGGUUACACUGUCCAUGUCCAUCGAUUUGCAGAAUUUCUUGGUAGGCUUGGCUUUACGUGCCGGGUGUUGCUCUGGUUGAAGCCGCACUUGGCUCCCCUUUACUCAUGGGCUUCAGCUGUCAGCAAGAGUACAGUCGCUACAGCGCCUAAGCUGGUCAGGACGGAUGCGAAGUGCGAAAACAACCUUGUGGUGUUAGCUGGUUAUCAUUUCCCUGAUGGCAAGUGGUUCUCUGUGCGUGUCACGCCCCGUGAUGCGCCUUACCUCUUCAAGGAGAAUGGGGAUAGUGAGUGGGCGUCGGCACCUGCAGAACUUCUUUCAGUUUUAGUUGCGCUUCAGCUCUUUGGUUACUUAGAGCCCAAGUCGGGAAGAACAUGCAUCCGGCUGUGGGUGCAGAGCGGAACUGACAACCGCUCUAUUGACUUCCUGUCCAGGAAGAAUUCGACUACACGCUGGCCCCUCACAUUAGUUAACAUGCAACUGUCGCACUGCUUGAUGAGGGCCGGUGUCAGAAUCAGCUUAGCUUGGAGGCCGAGGGAUCAGAACACUUUGGCCGAUGACCUGACGAAUUCCAGGUUUGGCGAUGUCGAUUUGAACAAGAGGAUUGAUGUCGCGCUUUCAGAUUUAGAUCUUUCCUUGCUUUUGGACCUGUGGGAAGCGAGGCAUGAAUUCUUGGACCGCGACUCUUGGGCGGUGUAUGGAAAAGGGAGAGACAAAUUUGAGAAAUCAGCUUGGGGUUGA